AUGAGGGCUAGAUACAAGGGUCCGGGAGGCACCGGCGUCGUCUCCCUUGAGGAUACCGCCACCGUUGGUGACCUCUUCAACGAAAUCAAAGACAAGACGGGAAUCGCAGACUUUAACCUCAAAUACGGAUGGCCUCUCCAAACCCUGACCCUCGGGCAGAAGGACGUCAAUGCCAAGGACCUAGGUUUAAAUGGACAGUCUUUCAGCAUUGAGCCCGCCCAGCCCCGAGCCAUCACCCCUCCGCCCGCUGCUCUUCCCGUCGCCUCGCGAGGUGUGGAAGCUGGCGGUCCGGCAGUUAAGAAGGCCCGCCUCGACUCAGAUGCCGAUGCGACCCCAUCCGACAUCAGCAUCCCCUGGCCGGAGCGCGAGUCGACUUUGCUCCUUCGGGUCAUGCCGGACGAUAACAGCUGUCUCUUCACCGCCUUCGGCGGCGCCAUACCUGGCAAGCAGCUCGAAGCCAAGGAGCUCCGCAAGAUGGUCGCAGACUACAUCCGCCAGCACCCAGACGACUACCCCGAGGCCGUCCUCGACAUGCCAGUGGAGAAGUACAUCCGCACGAUCCAGGACCCCGAGCGCUGGGGCGGCGCCAUCGAGCUGGGCAUCUUCUCGGACCUUUUCGACCUCGAGGUAGUCGCUUUUGACGUCAAGUCUCAGAGCCCGCUCCGCUUCGGCGAGAACAAAGAUUCGCGCUGCAUCCUCGUCUAUUCGGGUAUCCACUACGACCGCAUCGCCUGUAGCCCCUCGGAGCCGCCUUACACUCACUCCGACCUGCCCCCUGAGCUCGACCGCACCAACUGGAGCACCUCAGACGACGAGAUCCUCGAUAAGACGCGCGCCCUCAUCCGCAAGCUGCACGAGAUGCACUAUUUCACCGACACCACCGAGUUUCUGCUGCGUUGCACCGUCCCGGGCUGCGAUUGGCUUGGCAGCGGUCAGAAUGAGGCCAACAAGCACGCCAAAGCGAGUGGUCACUCUGGUUUCAGUGAGAUCAAAGAUGAGCCUUCUGGUCAUGGUGCUGCCGGUGCCGCGGCCGGCUUCGGCGAUAGCGCUCUUCGCAAGUGCAACGCUCCCGGUUGCGAGUGGUUAGGUACUGGUCUCACCGAAGCCAGCAUUCACACUGGCGAGACGGGACACACUUCGAUGGCCGAGAUUCCCGACUUUUGA